AUGUGUUCUAUGGUCGAACCUCACACUCCUCCUCCUUGCUAUGAUAGCAUUACAGCAGCCAAUGCCCACCGGGCUUCUGGGGUUGACUGGGGAUUGCAUGACCGACGCCAGCAUUGCUCUCGCUUUAUGAAGAUGACUUCCUACGGGCGACCUUUUAGUAAAGACUUUCUGGAACUGUAUUCUGCCAUGGUUAUUUCCACUCCUUUUUCAAAAAACCGUUCUCGUUUUCGCACCAUCGACAGUUCUUGCACUCUUUUACAACUCUUCAACACUCUCGAAAACUUGGAAUUAAGCCAGAUGAACCGACUCAAAGGAAACACAGGUAACAAAUUGCUAAAGUCCACAACAAAAUUCACCGUUCCUAAAAAAGCUGCCAAAUGUUUGUGCGAAAUGUUUUUAAAUGCACGUUUGCUUCAAGUCGUCCACAACCCCAUGGCCAAAAAAUUCACCACCGAAAAGUGUGUUCUCCAGCUCACUGAUAAAGGCAUUUCCGUCGUUGCCCGUUUUUUACACCACAAUGGCGACGACUCCAUCAAUGCAAAUGUUUCCCUUCCCUCCAACGACUCUUCUCCAGUCAUCAUCCCUGUUUCCCGUUUCUCCAGCACCGACCAGGUUUUACAGGAUGCUUCUUUCCCCGAAAUGCUCUUGCAACGCAUGCUCGGUCCUUCUCCCAAGUGCAUGCGAUCCCGCAAUGAGUCCCUAGUCCCCAUUUACUUGAGUACAAUUCACGGGAAAAAGCGCCCUCCCCAUGCCACAAAGUACUUGCUCUUUGGAAUCGAUAUUGCAGAAUGGCUCAUGAAUCAUACUAUGCUGUUGGAUUGGAAUGAGGUGGUCUCGGUUGCAAACAACCUUCUUCUUUACUCUUACUUGGCCCAUACACAAACUACCAGUGACCCAUAUUCUUUUAGUUUUGAAAAAGGUGUUUCCUACUAUCUAACUCCCAAGGCUUUAGAAACCGUCGGUUGGAUUGAAAACCCAUCCGGAGCAUCCAUAAUUCAACAUAUCCAACAAUUGGAUUCCCAUUCUUCCAACAAGGAGCUUUUAGAGUCAAUUUUAAAGAAGCCUAGUUUGCAAACCUACUUUUUUGAAUUCUUAAAGAAAAACUUUUGUGAUGAAAAUCAACAAUUUUACUCGGAAGUUUGUGAAUUCAACGACUUUUUCUCUCAGGCAAGUCAAGCAAACGAUAUCAUUGCUGUUCGUGAAAGUUUUGUGCAUGCAUGUGGGAUUUACAACUGUUUCCUUUCUCCCGCCGCUCCAAAUGCCGUCAAUUUGCCAAGCGACUUGUACGAACGAAUUUCCAAUCAUAUGUCUUUGGCAAUGGAAGUGGAACCAUUAGAUGAAUGGUUGCGUAUUGUCCAUAAACUAUUUUUGGAAGCUCAAGCUUUGAUUUUGGAUUUAAUGGCCGGUGAUUCUUUGCUAAAAUUCCUUGAAUCUCAUCAUCCUGAUGAUCAAUAA